GGGAAGCCGGGAGGGCGGGGCGGCUGAGUCGGCGGCGCGCGAGCGGCCUGGGGAGCUCUGCAGGUCAUCAUGACUUCAACAAAUAAAGCAAUUGAAUUACAACUACAAGUGAAACAAAAUGCAGAAGAAUUACAAGAUUUUAUGAGGGAUUUAGAAAACUGGGAAAAAGAUAUUAAACAAAAGGAUAUGGAACUGAGAAGACAGAAUGGUGUUCCUGAAGAGAAUUUACCUCCUAUUCGAAAUGGGAAUUUUAGGAAAAAGAAGAAGGGCAAAACUAAAGAGUCUUCUAAAAGAAACAAAGAUGAAAGCACAAAAAGCAGGAUAAAGUCUUAUGAUUAUGAGGCAUGGGCAAAAUUUGAUGUGGACAGUAUUCUUGAUGAGCUAGACAAGGAAGAGAGUACCCUUGAUUCUGUGUCCCAGGAAUCAGAGUCAGAAGAAGAUGGGAUUCAUGUAGAUUCACAAAAGGCUCUUGCUCUAAAAGAAAAGGGCAAUAGAUACUUCAAACAAGGAAAAUACGAUGAGGCAAUUGAAUGCUACACCAAAGGCAUGAAUGCUGAUCCGUAUAAUCCUGUUUUGCCAACAAACAGAGCAUCAGCAUACUUUAGACUGAAAAAAUUUGCUGUUGCUGAGUCUGAUUGUAAUUUAGCAAUUGCCUUGGACAGAAGUUAUGCAAAGGCUUAUGGAAGACGAGGUGCUGCUCGAUUUGUUUUGCAAAAAUUAGAGGAUGCCAGAAAAGAUUAUGAAAAAGUAUUAGAACUGGAGCCAAAUAACUUUGAAGCAAUGAAUGAACUCAGGAAAAUCAAUCAGGCUUUACCAUCUAAAGAAAACUCCUAUCCAAAGGAAGCUUUUGCAAAGAUUACAUCAGCUGAAGGAGAGAGAAGACAAAUUGAAGAACAACAGAAUAAGCAGCAGGCUGUUUCAGAGAAAGAUCGGGGAAAUGGAUUUUUCAAAGAGGGGAAAUAUGAAAGAGCAAUUGAAUGCUAUACUAAAGGGAUAGCAGCAGAUGGCACUAAUGCUCUUCUUCCAGCGAACAGAGCCAUGGCCUAUCUGAAGAUGCAGAAAUAUGAAGAAGCUGAAAAAGACUGCACACAAGCUGUUUUAUUAGAUGGCUCAUAUUCUAAAGCUUUUGCCAGAAGAGGAGCUGCAAGGACAUUUUUGGGGAAGUUAAAUGAGGCCAAACAAGAUUUUGAAACUGUUUUACUUCUGGAACCUGGAAAUAAGCAGGCAGUAACUGAACUUUCCAAAAUUAAAAAGGAAUUAAUUGAGAAAGGACACUGGGAUGAUGUCUUUCUUGAUUCUACACAAAGGCAAAACGUGGUAAAAUCUAUUGAUAACCCACCUCAUUUUGUAUCAACUAAACCUCUUAAGAAGGUUCUUAUUGAAGAAACUGGUAAUUUGAUACAGACUGUUGAUCUGCCAGAGAGCACUGCUGCUCCAGAGAGUAAUCCUGUUGAUAAGACAGGUACGAUAGCAGCUACAGGCACCACAAGCAAGCAGAAUGCAAGCCAGGAUGACCAUCUGCCCACAAAUGAUAUGCCAAAAGCAAAACUAUUGAAAAUAGAAGAAAUCGGUGAUACUUCACCACUGCCACCUCACGACAACUUGAAGCAGGAUGUAUGUCAAUUUUUCAGUGAGAAGAUUUCCAUAGGCUUGAACCAAGUACCUGCUCAGUUUAUUACAACUGUUCUUCCUCCAGUUCCUGCAAACUCAUUCCAGCUUGAAUCUGAUUUCAGACAACUAAAAAAUUCUCCAGAUGUGUUGUACCAGUAUUUGAAGCAAAUUGAACCACCCUUGUAUUCUAAGUUGUUUCAGAAAAAUCUAGAUCCAGAUGUAUUCAACCAAAUCAUUAAAAUUCUGCAUGACUUUUACAUUGAAAGAGAAGAGCCAUCACUCAUGUUUGAAAUCUUACAAAGACUUUCUGAACUAAAAAGGUUUGAUAUGGCAGUGAUGUUUAUGUCUGACCCUGAGAAAAAAAUUGUGCAUGUAUUAUUCAAUCACUUAGACAAAUCAGGAUUGAAGGGUGAUUCUGCUGAAGAACUCAGAAAACGAUAUGAUGGUUGAUUUCCAUGUCCAGUAAUUCCAUUCCAGUAAUUUUACUGAAAUUAUAGUCUUUGACUUUUGUAUGUAAAUUUUUUGUACUGAAAAUAAAGUGUUUUGCUUUUUAAGAAAAGGAAGUACAGGAAAGGACUGUCCUUAGAUGAGUGUCAAUUAACUGUAAAGUGAAUUGAGAUUUAACUAAAGAGAAAUAUAUGUAAGUAAACUAUUUAUAAGUCAUGUUCUGAAAAUAAAAAUGAGGUAUCCAUGUAAAAA